AUGCAAUUAUCACUUUUAACUUCACUCGCUAUUGUUUCCACUCUAUUAGGCUCUUCUUUUGCCGCUCCAGUUGAAAACAUCAACAUCAAAGACAAUGGUAAUGGUACUUCAGAAGCUGAUGUCCCAGGUACUUCUCAAGGUGUUGAAUUUCCAUUCGCUAAAGAAGCUAUUAUUGAAGCUGUUUCUUUAGGAAAUGACAUUGCUCCAAUUGUUUUGAAUGACGCUGUUUAUUUUGUCAAUACCACCACCGUUGAUAAAGAACUAGAAUCAAAAUUAGGUAAGAGAGAAGCAUGGAACUGGAGAGUUUAUUUGAAUGGUUCACCAAAUUACAAAAGAGAAGCUGAAGCUGACGCUGAACCAUGGAGAUGGUCAAGACCGAUUGUUUCACCAUGUGGUCCUAGAUACAAGAGAGAUGCUGAUGCUGAACCACAUAGAUGGACAAGACCUGCAUAUUGUUCAGAGAGGCCAAAAUACUAA